AUGAUGUUCCGCUCUUUAAUUGUCGGUCUUGCGCUCGUUCUCCCCAUUGCUUCUCAGCAGAUCCAGGAUAUUUGGACGACGACUUCGGAUAAGAAUAGCCUCUUCAAGUACCAGAACCUUGGCUCUGACGCGAUUCAAUUCACAAACGAUGCCUCUGCGUCGGCGAAUAUCAAAGUCGAGCCCAAUACGACCUACCAGGAAAUGAUCGGCUUUGGCGCUGCUCUGACUGACUCGACCGCUCAGCUCUUGAGCCAACUGAAGUCGUCGGACUCUGGAAAGUACUGGGCCCUCCUGAACUAUAUAUUCAACUCGACCGAUGGUGCCCAGUCCGCGGGAAUGACGUACCUUCGUAUUCCCAUUGGCUCCUCUGAUUUCUCCCAGACAUCGUACACGUACGACGAUGUUGAUGGCGACUCUCAGCUGGACCACUUCGACAUCGACAAUGCCCCGGCCUACCUUUUCGACACGCUCAAGGACAUCCAGUCCAUCAACAGCGUUCUCAAAGUGCACCUUUGCCCUUGGUCUGCGCCGGCUUGGAUGAAGGAAAGCAAGACGAUCACGGGUGGCAAGUUCGCGUCCUCGUACACGAAAGUUUAUGCCCAAUACUUGUUGAAGUCCCUCCAGGCUUUCCAGAAGAUGGGUGUCACCGCUCAUGCGAUCAGCCUUCAGAACGAGCCGCAGAACAGCAACCCGACGUAUGCGUCUGCCUUGGUCGAUCCCAGCUUGGAGGCGAAGAUCGGCAGUGAGCUGCGUCCGCUCAUGGACAGUGCUGGCUUCAAGGACACCGUCAUCGUCGCGUACGAGCACAACUGGGAUGAUGCUGGCGCCUACCCUGUCACAGUGAUGGACCAGGCGGCUGACUCGUUCGCAGGUGCCGCGUUCCACUGCUACGGGGGCGACGUCGGCAACCAGGAACAGUUUCACGACAAGUACCCGCAGAAGGACAUCUACUUUACAGAGUGUACUGGCUCGUUCAACGGGGACUUUUGGAGCGACCUCCAGUGGUACAUGAACAACAUCUUCAUCGGAUCCGUCAACCACCACGCCAAGAACGCUGCCAUGUGGAACCUCGUUCUUGACGACAAGGGCGAGCCUCUGCUCAACACCACUACCAGCUGCCGCGGCUCGGACCCCUGUCGUGGUGUCGUGACGCUCAAAAGCGACGGUUCUUACGUGCCCAACCAGGAGUUCUACGCCAUCGCCCAAGCGUCGAAAGCUGUCAUCCCCAAGGACCAGAACGGGCCCUUCGGCCAGCGCAUCAGCUCUUCCGUCAGCGGCAGCGACGACCUGGUGGUCACGGCCUAUGUCACCAAGCGGGCUGCCGACGCCCCGUCAACCGCCUGGCCCCGUUAUAGUCUGGUCGUGCUCAACCAGCGAGUCUCCGGAGCGACGGGAUGGAUGAUUCAUGAGACUGACCGAGUUCCACAGGCCGAGUACAAGUUCCCCACCGGAGUCACCACCCUCUGGUGGUAUGCCCAGUCCGACUGA